AUGGGUCAAUACAAAUGCUGCUGUUGCAUUCCCGUCAGGGCUGGUGUUUUAAUCAUUGCUUUGCUCUCUGCUGCUCUUUACAUAGCCUCCACUGUUGGUUUGUUCAUGUUGAAGCCUUCUUCUGGCGUAACUUACGAAAAUGUUGAAGUUGACAUGAAAAUUGUCAAUGGCGUCUACUAUACAUUCAUCGCUGUUUCUAUUAUCUUUGCUCUUGCCUCUCUCUUUGGUGUCCUUGGCAGUGUUACACAACAUAGAAAAAUGAUUGCCACCUUCAAAAUAUCAUACUGGUUUGUAGCAAUUGUACAAUUCAUUGUAACUGUAGCUGCAAUCAUCAUUCUUGCAGUAAAGAGAACAGAUAUCGUUAAUAACUGUGCGGCGCUUUAUCCAGAGGAAACAGUAGAUACAUGUUCUGUAGGAUACAGAACCCUUAUGAUCAUCUUUUGCGUCGUGUCAAUAGUGAUCAGCUUUAUUCAGUUCUACUUUGCCACAGCCAUCAGCGCCUACGCUACCAGAUUGCGUAGAACGAAUAUGCAUGAGAAGCUUCGCAAUCUGGAGGAUUUCCCUGAGCCUCCCAGCAAGACUGAAUUCUUUUAG